UAUCCAUGACAAGUCUUCACAUGAAAAUAUUAACCUUCAAAGAACCCAAUUAGACCAAGAAAGCACAUUCAUAUUGCUGUAUAUAAUCUUGGGAGCUUCUCAAAAAAUCUUUGACAAUUCCUUAUAUAUUUAUCAUUUUCAUUUUCAUUCUGCUUGCUUACUAAACAAAUUAUACUGUAUAAAUCAUUUCCAUUAAACUCGGUUUGUGUCGCUGAAAAUAAUUCUUACAAAUCAAAACCAGAUCAUAAUUAAACUCAUAUAAUCGCGGUGAUGACAGAAAUUACAAUCGGGGUUCUCGCUGUUACGGCAGUUGUGGCUAUACUUUCAACGAUAUUAUUGAUCGUUGUGAUGCUUCUUCCACGCACAUUAAGUAGUCGCUCACGCGACAAUAAUAGACCACUAAUUGUGCCGAUUCCAAACACAUCAUCAGCAGCAGCAGCAUCAUCUUUGUCUUCUAAGACAUGGAGAUAUGAUGUGUUUCUUAGCUUUAGAGGUGAAGAUACUCGCAAGAAUUUCGUAGAUCAUCUCUACUCUGCUCUUAAGCAAAACGGGGGAAUACGCGCUUACAAGGACGACGUAACGCUUCCGAGGGGUGAUUCCAUCGGCCCGUCCCUCAUGAAUGCCAUCCAAGACUCACAGAUUGCGGUCGUCAUAUUCUCUGAGAACUAUGCCGACUCUUCCUGGUGCUUGCAAGAACUUGAACAUAUUAUGAAAUGUAGAUACGAGAUAGGGCAAAUUGUUUUACCCGUAUUCUAUAAUGUGGACCCGUCUCAAGUUAGAAAACAAAAAGGCAAGUAUGAAAAAGCAUUUUCCAAGCACGAAUCGUCGGAGAACAAUAUUACGAAGCAGAAAAUUGAGUCAUGGAGAAAAGCACUCUUUGAUGCUAGUAACAUUGCUGGAUGGGAACCCAGGCUCGUAGCCAACGGGCAUGAAGCAGAAUGUAUCAAAGAGAUUGUUGGUUCAAUUUUAGACAAGUUGUCGUCCUUAGAUUCAGUCGUUCAUGAUGAAAACCUUGUUGGAAUGGGAACUCGAUUGCAAGAUUUGAAAUCUCGGUUAAGAAUUGGGUCAGGUGGUGUGCGAAUGGUUGGGAUAUGGGGUGUUGGGGGUGGUGGUAAGACCACUCUUGCAACGUCUCUUUACAUGGAAAUUAUAUCUGGUACGUUCGAUAUUUGUUGCUUUGUUGAAAAUAUUCGGAUGGAAUCUAGCCAACACAAUGGUUUAAAAGAUCUGCAAAGAAAACUUCUAUCAUCUGCUUUUUGUGAGCAGAGUGUGCCAAAUGUUGAUAUAGGAAAGCACAUGAUUAAAAAGAUGUUACGUUAUAGGAAUGUGUUGAUUGUUCUUGAUGAUGUCGAUGACCAGGAGCAACUGGAGGCGUUAGCAGGAUCACAUGAUUGGUUUGGUGAUGGGAGUCGAGUAAUUAUCACAACCAGAGACGAACAUGUGCUUAUAUCUCACGGGGUAGAUGUGAUCUCUCCCAUCAAUUUGUUAUCAAGUGACGAGGCUAUUCGGCUUUUUAGAAGAUAUGCUUAUCAUAAGAAUAAACCUGUAGAAGAUUACGAUAAGCUUUCAUUAAGUGUCAUUAAUUAUGCUAAUGGACUCCCAUUAGCACUUAAAAUCUUAGGGUCUUUUUUAUAUGGCAAAAACAAGAAUGAGUGGAUUAGUGCCUUGGAUAAGUUAAAAUGCCUCCCAAAUCGUAAGGUCACUGAUCAACUCAAAAUAAGUUACGAUGGACUUGACCGUGAGGAGAAAGAGUUAUUCUUAGAUGUAGCAUGUUUCUUCAGGCGGUGUUGGCAAGACGAUAUAAUGGAUAAACUAGAUGCUUGUGGGUUUCAUUCUACUAUAGGCUUAACCGUGUUGAGACAAAAGGCUCUCUUAACUAUUUCUUCACACGGUUUUAUUGAUAUGCACGAUCUGGUUCAAGAAAUGGGUCAUGAAAUUGUAAGAGGGGAACAUCCCAACAAUCCUGAAAACCAUAGCAGGGUUUGGAAAACAAAUGAGAUUGCAAUCAUGUUUAUGGGGAAUCCAACAAUGGAAAAUAAUAAGAUUGAAGCCAUAGAUUACGUUGGUGAUUGUUCACCAGGCUUCACUAAGCUUGUUUCAAACAUGAAGAAACUAAGAUACCUUGAUGUAAAAUUGGACAGCGACUGGUAUCAUGAAGAGCUCGAAAGCAACUAUGAUGAAGGGCCUGCUUUUCUUUCCCAUGAGCUGAAGUAUAUUAGUUGGGUUUCUUGGAACAGCACAAGUCCAUUCCCCGAAAGUUUCAAACCAACGAAGCUUGUUGUUUUAAAGCUGUGUUUCACAUUGCAAAAGGAACUUUGGAAGGGUUGCAAGUAUCUGCCGUGUUUGAAGGAGCUUGAAGUCAUCGGUGCAAGACAUCUAGUGAGAACGCCUGAUUUUGGUGGACUCCCGUGUCUUGAAAAGUUGGCACUCCAUGAUUGUGGUAGUUUAAAAGAUAUUGAUCCGUCUCUUGGAAAUCAUUCAAGACUUGCUUACAUAUCUGUUAAAAAUUGCGAGCAAAUUUCAAGGUUUCCAAUCAUUGUUUGGAUGGGAAAACUUGAGAGACUUUUAAUUUACCGAUGCGAUGAACUAUGUGAGUUCCAAGGGAUUGAAGCAAACAUGGAUAGCUUGAUUAAGUUAUCUUUAAAAGAUGUUGGGAUACAAGUUCUUCCUUCAUCAGUCGGAAGAUAUUGUACCAACCUUAUUUCGCUGCACUUGGAGUCUUCAGAGUUACGGUGCAUAGAUGGAAACUUUCGUGCCUUAAAACAUUUGAAGAAAUUUAAACUAAAUGUAGAUGCCAACAAACUUGAGAAGUUUCCAAAAGACCUAUUCGAUGAAGAAUGUUGCCUAGAGGUACUUAGAUUGGUGUUUUUCAACUACUCCAAAAGUUUACCUAGUCCUCCUCAUUUGCCACGCUACAUAAGAAAGUUAAGUCUCCGACUGAACGAAAAAGAAGUACCCUCUGGGAUUAGUGAAUUAUCCGAUAUGGAAGAGUUAGAUCUAAGUGAAAGUUUUUUUUCACGAUUAAGUUUUAGCUUGUUGGAAUUUACUCAUCUCAAACUCCUCAACCUGAGUGAUUGCGAGAAUCUUGUUGAAUUGCCUGAGCUCCCAUCAAAUCUAUGUAUACUCAAAGCAGACGAUUGCGAUUCACUUUCAGCCAUUAGAGAUGAUGUUCAUAGAAACUGUAAAUCGUUAUGUCAAGUCUCAAUCACUAAAUCAUAUGGGCUUUGCGACAGCUUUGUAGGUGGUGAGGGAUUAUUAGAAACCAUGCUCCAGGGAAAGGCUCAGUGCAUCAGCGUGUGGCUAAAAGGGUUAGAGAUUUCCAAGGGGUUUAAACCUUGUCUUGUUGAAGGGACGAGAUAUCGAUUGAAACUUCCUGAGAAUUCAUUCAAUGAAUUUUCCGGAUUAUUACUUUGCUAUGUUACAAAUGAUGAAUGCAAUAUGCAAGAUUAUGUAAAAAUAAGUAUGAGGCAGGAGGAGCAGAAACUGCAGAUGGGAAUGGGAGAUUCUCAAAAUGAGCAAGUGUUUUGGGAGGAAGAGGAGGGUGUUGAUAGUUUCCACACUUGGAUUGGGUAUGUUUCAUUUGGAUCAUUUAACGCUUGGUCGGACAAAACAUCAUCUGUUGUUGACAUUUCCAUUCACCAACCUUCUUAUAUUGAUGAUGGGUCAUUUACUAGUGGCUUUGGAGUUAAACUCGUUUCCAAAAAGGAUCAAAUGGAGGAGACCACUGAAACAUCUAUGAAUUCCUCUGCCGAUGAUGAUUAUAAAUGUCGAUUUGAGAUCCUUAAGGGUUUCAACCCAUUAACACAAAGUUUUGCGGGCUUAACUGCCUUAGCUGAUUCUAGUUCUCUUUUUGAGUAUCAAUUUAGAACAAUAAGCAGAGGUGGUUUCAGCAGCUUUCUUUUACAGGGAUUGUAACGCCCCAGCAUUAGCGUUGGAAAAUCUAAUGUCGUUUCUUGCCUUCCAUACCAAGAUGUUACACUUUCCAUGAACCCAUUUACACCAACUGAAGACGAAUCUGCUGCUGUAAUCUCAGUUGCUAAUCAGGAAGUCUUUUAGUGUAGUGAAUCACCUUAAUCACUUUUCUCCACAAGGUCCCAGUUCGCCACCCUAUUCAUGUUGGCCCGAAUGGGAAUUUACAAUUCAAUUGUUAAUUCUCCCGCUGAUGAUAACUUUAAGAUCCUAGCUCCAUGAUUCAAGGGCUCUUUUGAGUGUAAAUUUGCACUACCACGUAGGGUCUGAACCAUGACUUUUUUGGAUGUCCCCAAUAUUAGAACUGUUAUGGAACUUUUUGAGUAAACUUUGUGUAUUUUUCUGAUUUUUUAAUUAAUUAACUAAUAUGAUCAUGCAA